AUGCUCGAAGAGUACAGGAAAAGACUUGAACUAGUACCGUUCAUCAUAUAUUACACGAAGUACCCAGGACAAAAAUGGCGGCCAUCUUGUUUCGAAGCCGUGAAAGAUAAUGAACUUUGGUGGCAAUAUACUCAAAAACUGCAGGUUUGUGCGAGUGACAACAUUGAAAUUCAUACUUAGUGUGUCAAAAUCUAUAGAUUUAUAUAAAUUAAAAUUAGAUGGAGACCGAUGGCGGCGGAACUGAAAGAUAUUUGCCCACAGAAUACAAAGAUAUUACUUUUUUUAUAAAUGCAAAGCUGGUUAUUGUGACUUAACACUUGAAAACUGUAUUCUAGAUAAUUGUGCUAAUCUUCACUCUCGCUUUAGCUCUACUGAUUCAUACCGACCAAACCGUUGCAGAACAUCUUCUUUCCGAAACCUAUUUUUCAAUAGGAUAGCGUAGUAUUUUCAUUUAUGGCAGGACUUAAUUUGGGACUUUUUUAGUCCUGUUAUCUGUGCCUUUAAUUUCUUAUUGUAAAACUAAUAAAAAAAAACUUUUUAUAAAUUUAGGAAAAUAUUACAGAAACAUUUUUGAAAUUAUACACCUCCUGCUUUAGCCUCUUCCCUACGGCUCUAAUCGAUUCCAUUUUGAGUUUCUGACAACCUUCGGAAAACUUGACACAAACGUUCGCAAGGCAAAUUUCAGUAAGGAUGACGCAUCCGCAGACGUUUUUGCUGCGUUCGUUGCCAUGGCUAACAUGACGCAAGCCUCCAUUCUUUGGUGGCGUUAAUUUGGAAUAAUUCAUGUUAAAAAUUGUUUAGGAAAAUAUAUGCGAAGGUUGAUGCGUGCAUGUUUUUCUAGCACGUAUUAGGGAGCAUUACCUGUACUUCUUCCAAAGGACAGUUGAGUAAUUUCUUGACGUGUUUAAUUAAAUAAUUCUGUAACCUUUCAUGCUUUAGCGGGGAUGAUUCUGAAUUCAAAACCAUACUCGUUGUAGAACUAUUUUACUGCUGAGUCAUGUAGUGAUAAAAAAUUCUUUUUUCUACCAUAGGUUGGACCCCCGGUGAAAUACUUUUCACCGCAGAAGCCUUUGAUACUUGGGAAAGGUUCAAUGGGUACAUCUGUUUAUGUUGGUAUCAUGGAAAAUGGUGCUGAAGUGGCUGUAAAGAGGUUCUUGAAACAGGAAUUUGAAGAUGCAGCUCAAAAUGAGCUACAAAUUCUGAGCCGAAUUGAUGCAAGCAAGUCGCCAUUUAUAGUAAGCUAUCGAAAAUGUUUAAACGACGCCACUUUUGUGUAUAUAGUUUUGGAUCUCUGCGAAGAAACAUUGAAGGAACACGUUUGUACUCGAAGAUUGGAAUAUCUACAAGAUCAUGGUCCAAGAAUGAUCAAAGAAAUCCUAAGCGGAAUUGAAUUUCUUCACAGUCGAAAAAUUUUGCACAGAGAUCUCAAACCAUCAAAUGUCUUGGUUGAUCUUCAAGGUCACAUGAAAUUGGCAGACUUUGGAAUAAGUCGUCUUUUGAAUGAAGAAGAAACCACAGUUCAUACAGGUGCGAAAGGAAGCCACGGCUGGAUGCCCACCGAAGUCAUUGAAGCAAUAAAUAAAGAAGAGAUAGGACGUUUUAAAAAGAAAUCUGAUGUUCAGGUCGCAGGUAUGAUCGCUUUCUUCAUUUCAACCAAAGGUGAGCAUCCUUUUGGUCCUGCGCUUGAACGAAUGAUAAACAUCUUGAAAGGAAAUCCUGUUAACUUAAACAUGCUUCGCGAUCUUCAAGUUCGGAAAUUUAUUUCAUGGUUGAUCAGUCAUAACAUUGAUGAUAGACCUUAUGCUCCUGAGGCGUUGGCGGAUCCCUUUAUGGUCCACGUAACAAAUUCUCUCAGGAAAAUUAUGUUACAAGAAUCCCGUACAUAG